UAAUUUCCUAUUUCCUUUUCUUCUUUUUUUUUGUAUUUUAUAUUUUAUAUAAUAGAAAUAAAAAUGUAAAAAAGGAAAACACUGCUCCAUUUCAUAUCCAGGCAAGUCAAGGAAUCUCUAGAACAGAGUUUCUCAGCAACUCUUAAGACGUGUAGACUUCAGCUCCUACCAUCCAGGUGUCUUCUCCUCUCCCCAAAUAUUAAUUUCGACAGAAUUGAAACUUCACUUUAUUUCUGAUGGAUCCUCUUAACCCCUCUGAGGAGAAGUUCCUUCCUGUGAAGUAUCCUUGUAAGACCAGGGAAUACCCCUAGAAAGUUGAGGUUCAGAAGCUGGUGACAUUGGGGAGGAAAAUGGGGAUUCUGUUUGAUUUGCUUGUUUUAAGAGUUUAGCAGGAAAAAUUGGUCGAGCGAGGACAACGAGGCCUUCGCAAAUUGCAACCGUGUUCAUACCUGGAUGCUGGCUUGGGAUGUGUCUUUUCAACCCACUUCACUUCAAGCCUGCAAGAAGUUGUGAAACGGUCCUGGGUGAGAAACAAAAGUCACGGGGAGCCCCACGGGACUCCUUAAGCCUGCCGUGUCUUUCACCCAAGUUUUCACCACUUCAUGGUUUUGUCAUUCAAACGUUCUCCCUGGAACUCCUCCUGGGGAUUAGGCUCCAGCGUUUCGGUUAACUGGUUUUUCCUCUGCCUAGCCUUGCCUGGGUGUGCGUCUCCUUAAAUGCCUUUAUAGGUAGGUGGAGGUGUAAAAUUAGACUUUUAAUCUCUCCCCAGGAGUUUUUCAGGAAUUUUCCAGGUGGAGGAGAUGAAACUCAGGGUGAAAUCCAGUUUUCCUCUUGAGCUCUCUUUGUGUAUAUAUUUAUUUAUUUAUUAUUAUUACUAUUAUUAUUCCCGGUGUUUCCUUUCCUGUAGGCAGUCAUUCUCAUGAAGUCUUAGCAUUUUUCUGUGUCCCACAGACGUCAUCGUCUCUUGCAAAGCCUGGGCAGAAGUGGGUUCUUUUGCCCAUGAACAUUUUUCGCCAGGACGGAAGUGCUGGCAGAUUAACCCUAUGGGCACUCGAGUCUCCCACCCAGCGCUAUUCCUCCUCCUCUUCCUCCUCCUCCUCCUCCUCUGAUUAAAUCAUCUUGAGAUAAUUCUGCCUGUCAUUGAAGCAGAUUAACUGAUGACCUUCUCCUUGCAAGGCUGAAUUGAAAGGCAGUUUUCUGGCUCCCUUCCUCACUUCUGUGAAUGUUGAAGGCUCCGAGUGGGAGACGGAGAUGGCUCGCCCUUCCAGGAUGGAUGGAAACCUUUCUGGGAGAAGGAUGCGGCUUAAAUUGAACCUCUGCUCUUGAGCACAGCUGGAGGGCUCAAGAAGGACCAGCCGGACAGAUUUCUGCAGAACAAGAGGCUUCCCCGUAACUUUGGAGCUCCCUGACCUGGCCCUCAGAUCACAUCCUGCAGCAAAUAUGAGGCUCCCUCCUUGGAGGAAACAUGAUGUUUGGGAUUAGACCAGCUUUCGUCUCAAGUAGCCAUGGUGCUUCCUAAUUGUAGGAGCAACAUAGAAUUGCAACUCGAAAAUAACCCCUACAUUUACGGCGAUAUCGGAGAAGAGCCGCUGAAAUAUGAUAAAUCCAUGGUCCGCAGGAAUUCCAUCCCUCCAGCUAAGAUCCCCACUGCAAAGUACAUGUUGGCUUAUCUUCCACGGCCUCCCACAGAAACAGACAGCCAUGGGAUCUCUUCUCCAAAGGCUGAAAUGACGACACCUUUGGAGAAGCGCCACCCGCGAGCCACAACCAUGAGCGCAAACCAAAGCACCGUGUCUUGUAACUACCACCCCGUACUUUGCAGUGCGCCUGUCCCCAACGUCCGGUCGGUCCUUCUGCAGAAGAGACUCAGCAUGGUGGAGCAGGCCAGUUUCAGUGCGGCUGGGCCUCCCAAGCACCAGCCUCCUUUCUCCAACAGCACAGACAAGCUGCCUAAAUAUUGCUGGCCCUCCAGGACCGACCCCCUGCCCCCUUCUCUCCUGCGGGAGUUCAAUGCCCAACUCUACCCCCAGCAUGCUUUCAGCGUGCCCAACAUCGUCAACUCUUCCCGGAACAAGAUCCUCACCCGCAGCGUCAUCUCGAUGCCCACCUCGGAGAAAGGGCAGAGCAAACUCUGCAAACUCAUCGAAGACGACCGACAGUUUGUGGGGAGGAAUAAACACGAGAGGCAACGUUACGUCACCAAAGUCGGGAAAUGUAAGGUCAGCCUAGGCAACAUUCAGGAGAAGAAGAGGUUCCUCUCGGACAUUUUCACCACCAUCGUGGACCUCAAGUAUCGCUGGUUCCUCUUCCUCUUCAGCAUGUGUUACAUCGUCACCUGGGUGGUCUUUGGCAUCAUUUAUUACACGGAUGCCUGGAUACGAGACGACAUCAACCACAUCGGGGACGUCGAGUGGAAGUCUUGCAUCGAGAACAUCGACAACUUCAUCUCCGCCUUGCUCUUCUCGGUGGAAAGUCAACGGACCAUCGGCUACGGAUCCCGCAUUGUGACUGCCAACUGCUCUGAGGGGGUCCUCUUGUUGAUGGCCCAGUCCAUCAUCGGCUCCAUGAUCGACGCCCUCAUGGUUGGGUGCAUGUUCGUCAAGAUCUCCAGACCCAAGAAGCGUGCCCAGACCUUAAUCUUCAGCAAGACGUGCGUCAUCUCCAGCCGGGAUGAGAAGCUUUGUCUCAUGUUCCGCAUCGGAGACCUUCGGGACAGCCACAUGGUGGACGCGAAAAUCAGGGCCAAACUCAUUAAAUCCAGGCAAACCAAGGAAGGGGAGUUCAUCCCGCUCGACCAAUCCGAACUGAAUCUGGGCUACGGCACGGGGGAGGACCGCCUCUUCCUGGUGGAGCCGCAGGUCAUUUGCCACAUCAUCAACGAGGUCAGCCCUUUCUGGGAGAUGUCUGCAGAGGCGCUGAAGAGGGAGCAGUUUGAAAUCAUCAUAAUCCUGGAAGGCAUUGUGGAAGCCACAGGAAUGACGUGUCAAGCCAGGACAUCGUACAUCGAGAACGAAAUCCUCUGGGGCCACCGUUUUGAGCCCUGCAUGACCCUGGAAAAAGGUGCCUUCCACGUAGACUACACCAAAUUCGAGAGGACUUUUGAGGUGCAGACGCCGCUGCUGAGCGCGCGCGAGAUCUACGACCUUAAAGAGUUGGAGAAUCAGGAGCAAUCGACACUGAACUUCUACUGGGAUCAUCUGGCUCAGCCUUGCUGUUCGGUAGAGCCCAACCAUGAAGCCCAACGAGGGGGCUGCCCCAACGAGGAGAGCUUCUCCAACUUCACGGAGGAGAAGAGGAACAAUGAAUACCGCAAUCACAGUACCAGGCUCUAAGCCUUUCGAACCAGCUUUCUGAAGCGUCUGUGAACCCACAAGGAGGAAAAGAAACAGCCGCGCACGGCUGCCUCGUCGUGCGGCUGUGUUGCAAUCCACGGCGGAAUCGAAUGGAAAGCAGCGCAUCGUCUUGUUUGGGCGCCAUUUGGGAUCACAAAACUCCCAACUGAACUGGUCAUGUCUUUGGAUUAGUCCUCCAAUCAACGCCCUUCCCACUCGGAGCUGGAACCAUGCCAGAGUCCGUGUUGCACUCCCAAGGGAUUGUCUAGGAACUCUGGUUUCUGCAAGCAGAGAUUACACAUGGGGAACCUGUUGCCCUUUUUUUAAACAAAAACAAAAACAAAAGGUUGAACUACUUUUGUAGGCAUGCCUGUCCUUGUCCAACGUUGUGGAACGGUUAUUUGAAACGUGUUUGUUUGUUUUGCCACCGGGAAAAAAAUCCUUGCGCCUGUGUUCUGCAGCCCACUCGGUCCUCCUCCUCUUUGCUGUGCCCCACAUUUUGUACGUACCUGGCGCUGCAGCAUGGCAAGCCACUGGCCUGGCCGCGGAAAUGAAUGUUUUUCAUCUUUUAUGGUGCCAUAGGAACUCUCACGGUGGGUAUUGCCCCCAUCCCCUUUCUCCACCGGCCCACCAGGGCCUGCUACCUUUGUUUUAUUUAUUUAUGUUUUGCCGAACUGAUGCCUUUAGUUCCCGAACUCUCCUUCUGUACUUGUUUGCAGGGUCCGUGUGUGAUUAUUCUAAGCCAGCUUUUCUUUUGCCCACAAGGCUAUCUGGAAGGGGAAAGGACCCCCGGGAAGCAAUAAAGUUCCUUCUUGCACAGCA